GGAAUAGCAAAGAAGCUGCAAUAUCAGCUGUGAAUGCUUUUCAAGGGUCAGUUUGUGAUGCUUUCCUGAUAGUAGGUCUAAAAGAACCCCUUCGAAUAUCUGUAAUCCAUAAAAUUGCAGAUGAAGUUGUAAUAAAUAAGGCCUUUGACUUGCAGAACUCUAUCAUCAUAUACUUGGACAUGAAUGGUGUAGAACAAGAUAUAAAACGAGCUAUAGAUGCCGCAGAAUAUCUUUAUAAAUAUAAAAAGUAUGAGGAUGCUUGGAAUAUUUAUUCAGAAUUAGCCAAGACAGAUAAUAUUAAAUUAGAUGCAUUAAAACAAAUGGCAAAUUAUUAUAACAAUGAACAUGUCAAAAAGGAUGAAAGACUUAUCUUUGAAAUUGCAUUAGAAUUAUACAGUAAAAAACAAUAUAAAGAUGCAUAUAAUAUUUUUUUGAAACUUACCAACAGUAAUGACAGUGAAAUUAAAUUAAUUACUAUAUAUAUUAAAGCAUCUUAUUAUAUUACAGGGUAUAAUGAUGUUAGAAAAAAUAAGAACAAGGCUAUUGAACUUAUUAAAAAAGAUAUAACACAAAGUUGA